CCAUUAGGUCCCGUAAUCCCCCUCUCAUCAGACAUCAGGCCGAAGCCACCCUCUCACAAAAUCUACUCUCUCUCUUUGUUUCACCGCCUCAAUCCCAUCCGAAUCCCUCUCUGCCAUCUUCUUGCUCAGAUUCUUUUGCUUCCGUAUCCUCAAUGCUGGGUCCUCCUUCGCUCUCCGUUCCUCCGAUGCUUUAGCCGACUCCCGUGACGGUGCUCCGCCGCCGGAGACGCCCCCGCCGAGGAUCCCCUGCGGUGGUUCUGCUGGAUUUUUCUAGGGUUUUCCAAAUUGUCUGGUUCGCUCAAGUUUUACUUACGAUACUCCUGGUUGUUUGAUUUUACUCAUUCUCUAUCAGCAUCCGCCCCCCGUCAUGGCUCCGCCACGUCGACGCGGAGCGAACAAGGCGAAGGCCAAUGGGCACCUGAGUCUCGGGGAUCUUGUUCUUGCCAAGGUCAAGGGCUUCCCAGCUUGGCCUGCCAAGAUUAGCAGGCCGGAAGAUUGGGAGAAAAUCCCUGAUCCAAAGAAAUAUUUUGUUCAAUUCUUUGGUACAAAAGAAAUUGCUUUUGUUGCCCCAGCGGAUAUUCAGGCAUUCACCACUGAGGCAAAAAAUAAGUUGUCUGCUCGUUGUCAAGGCAAGGCAAAGUACUUUGCCCAAGCUGUGAAGGAAAUCUGUGUGGCAUUUGAUGAGUUACAGAAACAAAAAGCCAGUAGUUUGCGAGAUGACACUGAUGAUUCACUUGUUGGCUCAGAGGUUCCUUCUGUUGAUGGGAUUACAGGUGACUUAAAGGAUGGUACCGAUAAUGUUGUGUCAAAUGAAGAAAAGGCUAAUGAUUGUGUGGGUAAUGCUAGCUCUAAGCUAGAGCGCUGCACACAGAGAUGUGGGGAAGGUAGCGGUCAGGAUGAAAAACCUUCUAGUGCUGAGCUAAAGAAGGAUGCUAGCACAUCUAGUCUAAAUGAUUUAUCAAGUAUGAAGGGGGGAACUUCUGAUUCUAAGGAUAUGAGCAAAGUUAAUGACCUCAAGCAAGAUGACAAUGGACAGAAGGCAUUGACUAAUGGGAACAAAUCAAAAAAGCUAGUUGCUGUGACAAAGAGAAGUGAUGGUGCAGAUGGUGGAAAUAAAUAUGGUAGCUCUGAUGCUGUAACACCUUUGAAGGCUGAAAAAUCUGAAGGCUGUGCCAGUCUUUCCAUGUCUGGAGAGUCAUCAAGAGGGGGAAAUAAGGGGAAGAGUACAUUUGGUGUUAAAUCAAAUUCUCCAGAUGCUCCUAAAUCAGGCUCUGAUAUUAAUGGAGGGAAAAAAGAUAAGAACUUGCAAAAAGUUAAAACAAGUCUUAAGAUGAAGAAUGAGUUCCAAGAGAUGGUUGAUUCAGACGAGGCUGAUGGUGGAAUUUCUAAUAAGCCAAAGAAGACCCAACUUGUUCGUGCAAAGCAUAAUGUGGGAACAAAUGAAACUUUACAUACUACCAAGAAAUCUCCUCUUGAAAAGCCAAAGAGUGCUUCACCUACUGUUGUUGAAGAAAAAGAAUUUAAAAAAUCAGACUUGAGGAGGUCAACGUCACGUUUGAAAACAGAGAAGAAUUUCUCUUCGAGUGUUCAAGCUGGUGUUUUUGGUUCUGAUGAUUUUAACCAUGAAGUGCAACCAAGGGCAAAACAUCGUAGCCAAGUCCGACGGGUUAAGUCAGAUUCUUCUAGCCCUGCUUCAGAUGGAAAAAUGGAUAGGAGUUCGGUUAGAUUGGAAAGUGAUGGGAAUAAUGUUACAGAAAAGGCAGUAAAGAGGAAACGUAGAGCUGUUUGCCUUUAUGACGAUGAUGAUGAAGAACCUAAGACGCCAGUCCAUGGAGGAACUGCUAAAACUAUUAAAUCACCUCUGUUUCUUAGAGAGUCAAAGGGAAACAAUGCACACUCAGGGAAUUCUGAUGUUGCUCAGCUGCCCAACAGAAGUUCUAGUGGACUUGAGGAUAGCCGGUUGAAGGAAUCAUCUUCUCAAGUAGAAAAUGAUUCGUUGUCCAGGCAGGUUAAAAAGGAGAGGACUGAAGAAGGUAUUCCUGCCCAGAUUGUUCGAAGCCCUGAACAUUCAGAUUUAAAGCAGCAUCCAACGAAAGUGGCAAAAAAAGUAAGCUCCUCAUCUCCCAUGAAAUCACCACAUUUGAUUCCUUCUUCAAAGUCAAAUGCUGAGCGGAACAAAUCUUGCAAGUCUGUGAAAGUUUCCUCUAAUGAUACUCAAAAGAAGGCUGAUCUUGUGUCUUCAAAGGGUUUGAAUAGUACCAAAUCUUCUCAGAAUCAUUUGACAACUCAUAAAAAGAAGCCCUUAUCUUCGAUGGAAGCAUCUAAAACUACUCCUACCUUGAGAGCUGAAGUUCCUGCUGCAACAGAAAACUCAAAGGAGCAUGAUGGAUUUCAUGUUGAUAGAUUAGAAGUGGGCAUGGAUGAGAAAAAUAGCCUGUACACUGGUUCAAGGACUGCUGAAGCUGCAAAAACCAUGAAGCAUCUUAUUGCGGCUGCCCAGGCAAAGCGGAGGCAAUCUCAUUCUCAACUGAUUCCUCUUGGGAUUCAUAAUGUUCAGGAAGAGACUCCCAGCCCAUCUGCUGUUCAGCCAUUUCUUACUGUCUCAAGCAAUUUUCCACAUGCGGAUGUACUGGGAGUCUAUGAGCACUCAACAUUGGCUUCUCCAUCAGCACAUCACUCUGCUUCUCUGAAUCAACAUGAAGCUGAAGAAGCUGAGGAAAGAAUAGUUGGUUCAGCGCAAAGGGGGCCGGGUGGCUCACUUAGUGGUGGUACUGAAGCUGCUGUUGCUCGUGAUGCCUUUGAAGGGAUGAUAGAGACUUUAUCAAGGACUAAGGAAAGUAUUGGACGUGCCACUCGUCUUGCCAUUGACUGUGCCAAGUAUGGCAUUGCAAAUGAGGUUGUUGAACUUCUUAUCCGAAAGCUCGAAAGUGAAACUAGUUUUCAUCGUAAGGUGGAUUUGUUCUUUCUCGUUGACUCUAUCACUCAGUGCUCACACAAUCAAAAAGGCAUUGCAGGAUCUUCCUACAUCCCUACAGUUCAAGCUGCUCUGCCUCGCCUACUUGGUGCUGCUGCUCCACCUGGAGCUAGUGCCCGAGAAAAUCGCCGUCAGUGUCUCAAGGUUUUAAGGCUGUGGCUUGAGAGGAAAAUCUUCCCAGAGUCUGUGCUUCGUCGAUACAUGGAUGACAUUGGAGUUUCCAAUGAUGAUAUGGUUGUUAGCUUUUCUUUUAGACGUCCAUCUCGGGCAGAGCGGGCAGUGGAUGAUCCUAUUAGAGAAAUGGAAGGCAUGCUUGUGGAUGAGUAUGGAAGCAAUGCUACAUUUCAGUUGCCUGGUUUGUUAUCCUCGCAUGCAUUUGAGGAAGAGGAGGAGGACGAUCUUCCUAAUGGCUUAUUUAAAGAUUUACAUGAUGUAUCUCCAGCAGAUCCCACUCCAACUAUCGGAGAAUCAGAAACUUCCACUAUUACCCCUAGCGAUAAGCGCCACUGUGUCUUGGAGGAAGUGGAUGGUGAGCUUGAAAUGGAAGAUGUUUCAGGUCAUCCAAAGGAUGAAAGGCCUGUAAUAUUAAAUAAUUCAUCAGAAAUGGACUUCCAACUUGAGGGGUCAGAUAGGAAAUUAGAUUCUGCUUCUAACGUCUCUGCAGAGAUACCUGCUUCUGAUGGUUCUCCACCAUUGCCACUUGAUUCGCCCCCUCCUCUCCCUCCUCUGCCUUCCUCACCUCCACCACCACCGCCUCCAUCAUCUCCAUCUCCUCCACCGCCACCACCUCCACCACCAGUGAUGCAACCUGCACCUCCUCCCUUGCCACCUGCAGGUCCUCCACCAUCAUUGGUUCCUCAAUCAUCCGGACCAUGUUGGCCUUCAAUGCUUGCACAACCUAUAAUGCCACCUCAACCAUCACUCCAGUCGUCACCGCCACGGGGGUUUCAGCAGAGUGUAUCUCAUGACUAUAAUAGCGGUAGCGCAACAAGUGGUAAUCAAAUAGUUCAAAUGACUGGAAAUUCCUUUCCUGGAGGUCUUAAUAAUGCCGUUGUGAAGGGUGAAAUGUUCCCACCGCCUGCUCCAACGGCUGGCUGCAGUUCGCAGGAGCCUACUGGCUUUAGGCAACUAGAGUAUGGGCAGAAUGAUAUGUAUCUAAGUGGUCAAGGUCCUCAACUUAAUCAGCAAUUUCAGCAGGGUAACCCCGCAUUUGCUCAGAGACACAUGCAUUCUGCUCCACCCCAAAAUCCAUCAAAUCAGUUCUCAUAUCCAAAGCCCACAGUUCAACAACUUCCUCAUUCAUUCCACCCUCCCUACUCUAUGCCAUCCCUUCCUGAUAGCCGGAGGCAAUUUGCUUCUGAUGAACAGUGGAGGAUGCCAUCAAGCGAUUUUAAAGCAGCUAACCAACUUGGUGCAUGGAGAGGGAGAAACCCUCCGUGUCCAGGUCCACCCUUUGGACAGGAAGGGUACUUUCGACCUCCAAUUGAAAGGCCACCAAACAACAUGGGUUUUCAGUGUUCUAACCCAGGCAACUUAUCUGCUGCUCCUCCAAUAUCAGGACACAGUGUUCCUCAGAUGUUGCCCUGUAGGCCAGACAUGCCCACUCUUAGUUGUUGGAGACCCACUUGACGCUAAAUUGGAGUUUUCAUUAGUUUUAAAUGAUGUGGCUGGUUAAUAAGCAAGGUUACAUUCUGUGCCUCAGUAAGACUUACCUGUGGAGCACCUACAACUACCACUCAGAAAAUUUUGAAGACUUGUGGAGGCUUUUGGCAGGACUGUGUAUAUUGUAAUUUUCCCUGACAAUGUAUCCCAGGAACAUUUGCUUCCAAGUUAUAGGCCGUAUUUCUGACUUGGUAUUGGCAAAACAAACAGAGAGAUGGUCGUUUCUCAGGUUUUAAAUGUGAUCACCCACCCUAGGAAUAAGGUCAAACUUCAUCACAUACAAACACUGCUGAUCAUUGAGGUAAAUAUCUGACACGGAAUCUAGACCAGACAUUACCUUAAUUAUGUAGUUUACUGACUCCAAGUUCUAUGGAAGGGCAUCUAUCAUUGUAAAGAUAGUUCUGAUUGAUGCUUAAGAACUUCGGUAAACAUAAUUUUGUGAAUGUUUUACUCUGCUGUACAUUACAAUUCUAAGUUAUUUCUUUUUAUUGUAUAAUACAUCCGUCUCUCCAUGCAGUUAGCGUUCUUAUAAAAAGUACAAAUAAGAAAGCUGCCAUUAGCUGCUUAAAUAUACUUGGUUCACAGCCCUGCCUGUCUA